UUCCCAUGUUAACUAAAACCGCAUUUCUGAGAUUUGUUUUUAGCAUGGCAGGUACACAAGUUGUGUGCAAAAAAAAUACAUUUUAACAUUAUUUUGCACAUAUUUUCAUUUGAAAAGGCUCUCGUAAUCGUCACCUUUCUCGACAGCAACAGCGUUUAGAGUCUAAGGUGGAGUUGUUGGUGCUAUGCCAGUGCACCGCGAGCGAGAGAAGAAGGAGAGCGUAGCAGAUGAGAUGGAGGUAGAAGAACAGGAGCAUGAAGCUUCCACCUCAGACGAGGAAGAAUCGGACACUUCCUCUGUCUCCGAGGAUGGAGACACCUCUGAAAUGGAUGAGGAAGAUUGUGAGCGGAGAAGAACAGAGUGUCUAGAUGAAAUGUCCAACCUGGAGAAACAGUUUAACAAUCUGAAAGACCAGUUGUAUCGAGAGCGACUCAGCCAGGUGAACUGCAAGCUGGCUGCAGUCGAGGCCGGACGGGCAGUGGAAUAUCUGGAUCCUCUAGCGGUACUGCUGGAGAACAUGCAGGUCCGCACUAAAGUAGCAGGUAUUUACAGAGAGCUGUGUCUGGAGUCUGUGAGGAACAAGUACGACUGUGAAAUCCAGGCUGCAUGCCAACACUGGGAGAGCGAGAAACUGCUGCUGUUUGAUACAGUGCAGAGUGAGUUGGAGGAGAAAAUUAGAAGACUGGAGGAGGACAGACACAGUAUAGACAUCACAUCAGAGCUGUGGAAUGAUGAGCUGUCUGGGAAGAAGACAAGACGUGAUGCUUUAAGUCCAGAUAAGAAGAGGAGUCGACCUUCUGUGGUUUCUGGUCCAUAUAUUGUCUAUAUGCUACCGGAUCUGGACAUCCUAGAAGACUGGACAGCAAUCAGAAAGGCUGUAGCCACCUUGGGCCCUCACAGAGUGAGGGUUGACGCCGACAGCUGCGGGUUCUCCAUCAGACCCGACAAAAACAGGCUGAUUCUCAACUGCUGAGAAGCCCAUAUGCAUGUUUAAAAGCUCAAAAGUACCUCUGACGCAUUCAGUGCACAAGCAGACGUACAUGGGACACAAAUAUGAAGAUUACUACUCCCCACAUCUGGUGGCGAUUAAAACUUCACAUUUUAAGCUGCCAGUCGUGCAAGUUUUCCUGCACUAUAAAAACUCUUCAACAUUAGUGAUCCAUCAUAUAGAUGUGGCUGCUUCGGUUUAGACUCAGGCUUUUACAAUCUGUAUGUUUCUUGUUAAACUUUAAUGCAAAACGUUACACCAGGUUUUCACUUGUUUUUGGGUGAACAAAUAACAUCAGUAAACGGUCAAGUCGUAGUGCUGGUUAAAACGUCUACAAAGCUUCUAAUAGGAAAACUGUUCUCUGAAUCUUUUCUCUGUUUUUGACUUCUUUUUUUUUUAUUGGAGGUAUAUUUUCAGCUACUCCCUGUGAGUCAGCUCUUUUCUGAGAAGCUGUCCUUCAAAAUAGGAGCAAUAAUAAGUAAACAGUUCCCAGUGUUAGUUGUCACCUACCUGAACAGCUUUAAAUUAGUGUUGUAAUUUCCAGGAAACUAGUAUUGGAUGAGGAUACCGUUGUCUUUUUAUAUUGGUUAAACAGUAAAAAAAAAAAUACAUUUUUAGUUUACAGAUUGGAGAGUUAUUAAUGUGGUCUGGCUGAGCUAGGACGCUUUUCUGUGUCAUGAUUUAUUUUUUAUAUCAUGACGUUCUUAAUCAAACAACCCAGAUUACAUGUUGGACGCUUUAGCCUUAAUGUCUUUUAGUUUACUAGGGAAUAAUAUCAAUAACCACAUCAAGAACUUUUCUUGGUGCUUCAGAGCAGAUCGCAGCACAGAAUGUUGCCACCUACCUCUUUUUGUUUUAAAGCAACCUUUUUAUAUGAUUAGAAAUGUUGAGAAUUUUUAAAAUCCAGGCACAUUUCUUUGUCAUCCUCCAAGUUUCCAUUUGAUCAGCAAUAAGGGCUGUUUUGUUUUGUUUUUCUUCAGAUUCAGUUUAAUACACAUGAGGUUUGUUGUUCAUGUGUUGGGUACAGUUGUGUCUUUCCUGUUAGUUCUGAGGUUGGGUUUUGCAAAUAAAAGUUUUUCUACGUU